UCAGAUUCUAUGUGGGGACCGUACGCUUGCAGCAAGAGAGAGAGAGAGAUCAGAUCAAACCGAAGUAGACGACUAGACCGGAGAAUCCCUGUCGGAGAUCCGGGAUCCUCUAGUCUCUGAUUGUCGUUGGUUUAUACUUCAUGGUUAAGAGCUUCUGUUUUUGAUACUCUUUCUCACAUUCAGCUUCAUCUUCCUCAAACCCUGACAAAAUCCCAUUUUGGGUGGGAUUUCGCAGAUGCAAUAGAGAUGGACAAGGAAGCCAAGAAGGAAGCUUUUAGGAAGUAUCUCGAGUCCAGUGGAGUGCUUGAUGCCCUCACCAAAGUACUUGUUGCAUUAUAUGAGCAGAACGACAAACCUUCCUCAGCAAUUGAGUUCAUUCAGCACAAAUUAGGCGGUCCAACUGUUCCUGAAUAUGAAAUACUACAAGCUGAAAUGUCAGAUCUGCAGACAAAGUAUAAUGAACUUUUGGCAACACACCAGAAAACCUGCCAGGAGCUUGAGGAACUCAGAAACUCACAACCCAUGGCAGCUUCUAAGGAGACAGUAGAUGGAGAGACCCCAAAGGGGGUGGAUUAUGAAGAAGCAUCCACCAGAGCUUCUGCACCGUAAUAUAACCAAUCAGCCAUUUGUUUUUGUAGAAAUUUGUCAUAUAACUGAGAAUACUGAUUUCUAAGUGGUAUGCAUCCUUUGUACCUGAGCUUUCUUAACAAGUCUUUGCCCUACCAGAUGUUGCAUCUUGAUUUAAUAGUAGUUCCUGUCCCUAGUUGAAUGCCUGUUCUUAUCAGGUAUUUCCUC